CAAGCACCAGCUGCUGCCGUUGCUGCGGCGAUUCUCCCCUCGCAUCGCACACCCAGGCGAGGCGAGCGCGAGAUGGAUUUCUCCGGCGGCCGCGGCGACCCGGCCCGGUGGCUGGAGAUCGCCGGGAAGCUGCUCGCGGCGCGCGACCUGGUCGGCUGCAAGCGGCUGGCCGAGCGCGCGGUGGACGCAUCGCCCCUCCUCCCGGGCGGCGACGAGCUCCUCGCCGUGGCCGACGUCCUCCUCGCGUCGCAGCGCCUGCUCCCCUCCGGCCGCCCCGAUCCCAUCGCGGUGCUCCAGCUCCAGCCCAACCCCGACCCCGCCGACGCCAAGCGGUCCUACUGCCGCCUCACCGACCUCCUCUCCACCAACCCCCGCCCCGGUGCUGAGGCCGCCCUCCGCUGCGUACAGGAAGCCUUCGCCCACCUCUCCGACUCCUCGGCUAAUCCCGCUCCUACUCCUACUCCCGCUCCCGCUCCCGCUCCCGCUCCCGCCCCCGCCCCCGCCCCCGCCCCUGCCCCUGCCCCUGCCCCUGCCCCUGCCCCUACUCCUGCUUCCGGCGGCGACGCCUCGGCCGCCGCGGCUGAUGCGUUCUGGACGGCGUGUCCGUACUGCUGUCAUGUGUACCAGUACCAGCGUGCUCUGAUGGGGCGCGCCCUCAGGUGUCCAGGCGCCGGCUGCAGGCGGGCGUUCGUGGCCACCGAGAUCCCGUCCGCGCCGCCUAUUGUGCCGGGCACCGACAUGUACUACUGCGCCUGGGGAUUCUACCCGAUGGGAUUCCCUAAGGAAGCUGAUGUGAGCACCAACUGGAAGCCGUUUUGCCCCAUGUAUCCAUGGAAUUCGGCAUCUCCACAGCAAGCACCUGUUGGCGAUGGUAAUGUUAACAAGCAAAAUGUUGAGGAUAAUGGUGGGAAUAUUCAUGUCAAUUCAACGCCAUCGAACACACAGCAGGCAGAUAAGAGCGCCGGCAGCGGUGCUGGGGUUGGGCCUUCUAGAGGUAGGAUCAAGAAGACAACAGCCCGCAAGAAGGUUGGUGGUGGCUCCAAGAAGAAUGCUUCUGGAGGUGUAGAAAGUGGCAUUGAGCCAUCGUUGCUGGGGCCAGAAUCGUGGAAUGGUCUUGCAGAUGGUGGAUCUACAGUAGGUGCAAGAGGAAUUAACAUAAAUGAGGUGGCAACGGCACCUGAUGGCAGCAGCAUGAUGCAUUUUGGUGCGGAUGAGGAAAUUGGUUUUGAUUUGGAUGUUGAUGCAACAGAUGCUAUACUGGGGAAUUUGCAGCAUCUGCCAUUCUUGAGGGACGAUGACAAUGCUAGACGGUUAUUUUAGUUAUUGUUGUGGUUGGUGUAGGCAUUCCAAAGAAGUGGUGUAUGGUAACCUGGUUCAAGGAAUCCCUGCAUAGACCGAUCCUUUGCUGUCGCUUUGCUUUUAUUGUCACCAUGUCUCACACUACUCUCAUGUUCCUUGGAAAUGCAUCCUGAGUCUGUAGUUAGCUGGUGAUGUCUUGUACCAUCUGUACUCUUUAGUCUUUACUAGUUUGUAGACCGUAGAUUAUCCCCAAAAUAGUUGGGAGAUGUGUAGUAUUUAUCAUCUGCAAAUGAACUGGAGUUUACUGGCGAAGGAAAUAAUGCACUCCACAUGCGCACAUGGAUGAUCAGCAAGGCUUCAAGUGGAGUUUAUCAUUCAACUGAGUUCUCAUGGAGCACUGGUACAGAAAGUUGGUGAGACAAAUGUCUAGAUCAUCACCAAAGUGCUCUGUAUUUUGCAACAUCGGUUGAUUACCUUGACUACUUACCAAAGCAGCUGAAUAACAGAAUUGGCAUGGCCUGGUUUAUUGGAUAUCGGUAGCUUGUAAUCCAUACCUGUCUUUUCUAUAUUGUUACGGCCUAGCUAGGCCGUGGAUCACAGCUGAAAAUAAGUACGGCCUAUAGACAUGUGUUCGCAUCCUGUUGCCGUCAUGAGCAAUGAAGACGACAAUAAUGCUACUGACUAUGUUUAUGUUACUUCGCCAAUUUAUACCAUUACCAGGUUCCAGUAACUGGUCUGAA